UUAUUCUCGAUAAUAGAAACUUUUACAUUCUUCCUCCUUUCUACCAAAAUGUCAACUGAUAAAUUGCAAUCGACGAGCUGGGCAGACGACGUCGACGAGACGAUAGCAGCCCCAGAGCCACAAAUAAAGACGAUAACAACUCCAGAUUCGGAUGUUAUCACGACGAUAGAAGUCCGUACGUUACCAGAUGGGAAGAGAGUACAAGUUACUAGAAAGUUUAAAAAAGUACUCAAGAAGUCUAAUGUAAAUCAAGCAGUAGCAGACCGUAAGACUUGGCCAAAAUUUGGUCUCGAGAAGGGAAAGCCAGCUGGUCCAGACAGAGCGACAACGACCGUCGGCGAGAAUGUUGUACUGAAAUUAUCAGCUGGUAACGACUCCGCCGUUGAAGAACCAUCAGAGGAACAAUUGAUGAAGGAGCGUCUGAAAUCUAAGAAGAUCGUCUGUAGAUUAUGUAAAGGUGAUCACUUUACCACAAAAUGUCCAUACAAAUCCACACUUGGAGACCUCGAUUCAGCACAAGAUUCUACCCAAACUCCAGACGAGAGCAACGCAAACCAAGGCACUGCUGCUGCUGCUACUUCAACUGGUAAAUACAUCCCACCAUCACAAAGAGCAGGUGCAAGAGCGUCCGGUGCAGGUCCUGGUGGUCCUUCCAGAGACGAAUAUCCAACUCUCCGUGUUACAAAUGUUUCUGAGGACACUCAUGAGGACGAUCUUAGAGAGCUGUUUAGAAGAUUCGGUCGUGUCCAAAGAGUAUUCAUCGGUAGAGAUAGGGAGACUAGAGCAUCAAAGGGUUUCGCUUUCGUCAGUUUCGAGUUGAGAUCAGAUGCUGAGAAGGCAUUAGAAAAGGUGAACGGUAUGGGUUACGAUAAUCUUAUCUUGUCCGUACAAUGGUCACAACCAAGAGAUAAGUAGAACUGUUGUAUAUGCAUUACAAAUUGUCUAUAAAGAGUGAUGAGAGCUGUCUGAUGAUACAAAUUGAUGCUAUGCAAGUGGCUGACUACUAAUCAGCGAAUUUGUUGACGUUACGCUUUGCGUCGAUGCGCCUGAACCUGUCCUCCUUUGCCCGUUCAUUUAUAAUACAUACUGUGGCUAAGAACAAGCAAAUGAGUAUGACGACGAAGCCAUAGAUUGUA